UUCAAGCCACAGACAUGAGACGGGGCUUCCAUGUUGGUAUUCUCAUAAUCCUGAUGGCCUUUGGCCAUUCCGUUGGACAACUCAGGAGGUCUCCUAUCGUUCGGCAGGCCAACCAGAACCGGACCCAUGCGAGUGUCAAGGCCGAGAAGAUCGUGCUGGCUGCCAAAUACCUGUUGACGGACAAGCAAUCCUCCCAAACCACGCAGGUUCUGGCCAACGGGUUCAAUCUGGAAUACGCCAUUGAAGCGUGCAUCGGAACCCCACCCCAGUGCUUCAAUCUCCUGUUCGACACUGGGUCCGCCAACUUGUGGGUGCCAAGUGUAAAGUGCCUGGCGACCAACGAAGCCUGCCAGGACCACAACAAGUACAACUCGAGUGCGUCCAGUUCCUAUGUGGCGGAUGGAAGAGGCUUCUCCCUGCAGUACGGCACAGGCAGUCUAUCGGGAUUUCUCUCCACGGACAUCGUGGAUAUAGACGGCUUGGUGAUCCGGAAUCAGACUUUUGCUGAGGCCGUCGCAGAGCCGGGGACGACCUUCGUGAAUGUGAUCUUUGAUGGCAUUAUAGGAAUGGCGUUUACAGCUCUAUCCGCAGGCCUAACUACCCCCUUCGAAAACAUCAUUCAGCAGGGAUUGGUUAAACGCCCGGUGUUCUCCGUCUACCUCAGACGCGAAGGGACUUCGGAGUUCGGCGGGGAGGUCAUCUGGGGAGGAGUCGAUCGGAGUAUCUACAGGGGCUGCAUCAGCUACGUUCCCGUCUCGAUGCCCGCCUAUUGGCAGUUCACUGCCAACUCGGUGAAGAUCCAGGACACCCUGCUCUGCAACGGAUGCCAGGCCAUAGCCGAUACCGGCACCUCCCUCAUAGCGGUUCCCCUUCGGGCCUACAACGCCAUCAAUAAAAUACUGAACGCCACUGAUUCCGGUGAGGGAGAGGCCUUCGUGGACUGCAGUAGUCUCUGCAGCCUGCCCAAUGUCCACCUAAACAUCGGAGGCGCCACAUACACACUGACCCCAAAGGAUUACAUCUCCAAAGUCCAGGACAACAACAAUCAAACUCUGUGCCUCUCCGGUUUUACCUAUUUACAGGGAACCUUGCUAUGGAUUCUGGGAGACAUUUUCUUGGGAAAGGUCUACACGGUGUUCGACGUGGGCAACGAGAGAAUCGGAUUUGCUAGACUCAGGAAGAACUCCACCUCCAGCUAUGAUAGGGAACCUUCUAGCUAUGGUAAGGAUCCCUAUAGCUACCAUAGAGAACCCUCUAGCUAUGCUGUUGACUACCCUGCCUAUGGUGACGACUACCCAAGAUUCUUUACCUAACGGUCUUAUUAUUUAAUUCAAAUGUAGGCCCACCCCGUUCAUUUUUGGUCAAACACCUCUUGUCGAAACAGCUGAAUAAAAUUUACGAUGGCUCUAUAGAUAAAGACAAAUAUUUGGA